AUGCUCUCAGGGUUGCUCAAGAGCAAAGACAUGCGUUUAGUGUUCUUCAACUCCAAGUCGUACAACACGAACAAGAAGUCGCGGAUCUAUUCGAUGACUGUUCGCCUGUCGGGUCUCUUCGAGGAGAAGAUCCGUCGAAUUAUCUCCGAUUGGCGUUCGAACUGUAAUUACGAACUCAAACUCAAGAGGGGAAUCAUAUCGAAGCGCCGCAAACCCAUCCCAUUCAGCGGGUAUAGCUGGUCACGUCGGGCACUGUCCUCAUCCAUGUCCCCCACAUUCGACUUGUCCGCGCCGUCCACUUCCGGCUACUCGAGUCGGAGUAAAUCUAGUCUGACUCAAAACGCCAGAAGCAAACGAGUAGUCGCCGGCACUUCGACGGCCAGUCCUCGUAAGAGGGCUGCGGAUAAACUCCGGAAGAACGCUGUGGCGAACGGGAGCCGUCGGGCCAGCGCUUCGGCCGUGAAUUUCCGGUCGUUGCGCAGCACUGUUCCCGUCUUCGAGAACAACAGCUCGAGGACUAGCGGUCGCACAUCCGGUCGAUCGCGAGUCAGUCCCCGAAGUAGUCGUAGGAGUCAUAAGACACCCAAAAAGGGUCGAAAACGUGUCAUUAAAGAGGAGUCGACCGAAGAGGAAGCGGUCGAUGAGGAGGAAGAGGACGAGGAGACAGAGAAGGAUGACUCGAAUGAUACGUUUGGUGUGGAUGUCGAUGAGGACACCAAUCAGAGCGAAGAGUUAGUCGAGCACUUGGACAGUGAGACUGAGAUCGAGGACACCGAGAAAGACGGCCACCCAUUGGAAGCGAUCGAUACGGACGCCACUGAGAUAGAGGAGGACGAGCUGAAGCCACGGGCUCAGACAUCGCGGCUUCGACGUCGCGGCAAUAAGUCGUUAAGGACUUCAUUUUCAGACCACUCCUACCCCAUGACGUCCUCCAGAAGGACGGGUGUUAUGUCGAGGAGUCGGCGUCUGAAGGCCUCUGAAGAGUCCGAAUCGACUCAGUCGUCCUCAUCGGCCAGCAAUCACUCGAAUGAGACGCAGACAUCUGCGGUGACAUCGCUGUCGGCAGUGAUCAGUGGAGAGGUCGAGACCUCCGACCAGAGCUACCUGACCGACGAGAGCGAUGAGUAUAAGUCAGGCUCCCGGCGCUCCAAACGCCAAAGGCGUUCAAUUAGCGACAAGUGGCGGAACACAGGUUAUGAAUCUGAUGAAGACUUACGGCGAGUUAGUUUGGGUUUACGGCACCGGGGGCUCAGACAGAGCACCGGUAGGUUCGGAGAUCCGGAGGCGCCAAUCAAGACGAGGGCCAGAAAUAGCGGUAAAAACAGAGUCCGAUAUACAGAGGCCCCCGGUUUUGACGACGAAGACUUCGAGUACGACAACCGACAGGCGCCGCAUCUAAACGAACACUCCGUGAGCUCCAGGGGUAGAGUCCUUGUGUGUCAAGUGAACACCGGAUUCGAGUUCCAGUACUCUUUGGUCUGCAUUUCGGUCAUUCGAGAUAUGGUUCGCUCGAAUGCGAACACUUCCUCCUCACCGCUGAAGAGGUUGGCCUUCGAGUGCUCCUAA